AUGGCGUCAAGUAACCCCAAGCACAGUUACGAUCAUCAUGGAAUCCACGAAGAGAUGCUGAAAGAUGAAGUCCGGACCCGAUCUUACCGAGACGCUAUCUACCAAAAUCCACAUAUCUUCAAAGACAAAGUCGUCCUCGAUGUCGGCUGCGGCACAGGCAUCCUCAGCAUGUUCGCUGCAAGGGCGGGUGCUCGACAUGUCAUUGGUGUCGACAUGUCCAGCAUCAUCAACAAGGCCAAACUCAUCGUCGAGACCAACGGGCUCUCAAAGAAGAUUACUUUGCUCCAAGGCAAAAUGGAAGAGGUGGAGCUACCUGCACAGCAUCUGAACAAUGGCAAAGUCGACAUCAUAAUAUCAGAAUGGAUGGGCUACUUCCUGCUAUACGAGAGCAUGCUUGACACGGUCCUUUACGCUCGCGACAAGUAUUUGAGGCCGGGCGGCAAUAUCUUCCCAGACAAGGCCACGAUCUUCAUGGCGGGCAUUGAGGAUGGAGAGUACAAGGAGGACAAGAUCGGAUUCUGGGAUAAUGUCUACGGAUUUGAUUUCUCCCCUAUGAAAGAGAGCGCUCUGAGUGAACCUCUAGUCGACACGGUGGAGUUGAAGGCACUGGUCACGGACCCGUGCCCUGUCUUCACUAUUGACCUCAAUACGGUCAAACCGGCCGAGCUGGCAUUUUCAGAGCCCUUCCUGCUUCGGUGUCAAAGAAACGACUUCAUCCAUGCUCUUAUCGCGUGGUUCGAUAUCGACUUCACGGCGUGCCACAAGCCCAUCAAAUUCUCCACGGGGCCUCACACCAAAUAUACGCACUGGAAACAGACUGUCUUUUAUCUGCGACAGGUUCUGACUGUGGAGGAAGGAGAAACGGUAAAGGGUUUCCUCUCCAACAAGCCCAAUAGCAAGAACCGACGAGAUCUCGACAUCAAGAUCGACUAUGAACUCGAGACCUCGGACCCAAGACGAUCCGCGCGCGGAACCUGCGAAUACCGAAUGUAA